AUGAGUCGGACCACCUUUUUUGAGGUGAGGGUCCUGAAUGGCAAGACCAAAGAGCAUCUUUGUUUUUUAGAUAAGGUUGAGCCUUAUUCAACAAUAGGAGACAUUAAGAGCCUCUUCCACAAAUCAUAUCCUCACUGGUAUCCAGCAAGACAAGCCCUGAGCCUUGACCCCAAGGACAAAUCACUCAGAGACGAAGACAUUUUACAGAAUCUACCAGUCGGGACUACUGCUACCAUGUACUUCAGAGAUCUUGGUCCUCAGAUAGGUUGGACUAUGGUGUUUCUGGCAGAGUGCAUCGGGCCCCUUCUCACCUACCUCCUCUUCUAUUUUCGUGUGCCGUACAUUUACUCUCACAGAUAUGCCUUAACCUCUAGUCCUCAUCAGGUUGUCAGACUAGCCUGUGCCUGUCACACCUGCCACUAUAUGAAGAAGUUGAUAGAGACUAUCUUUGUGCAUCGUUUCUCCCAUGGGACCAUGCCUCUCAGGACGAUAGUCAGGAACUGUUCCUAUUACUGGGGUUGCUCUGCUUGGUUGGCCUACUAUAUCAACCAUCCACUGUAUACACCUCCAUCAUAUGGAGAACUACAAGUCAACUAUGCAUUAUUCAUAUUUAUGAUGUGUGAACUGGGAAACUUCUCCAUUCACUUGACUCUAAAUAAUCUCAGAGCAGAGGGAUCCAGGUGCAGAAGAUUUCCAGCACCAACAAAGAACCCCUUCACAUGGCUAUUUUUCUUUGUUUCCUGUCCAAAUUACACAUAUGAGGUUGGAGCUUGGAUGAGCUUUUCCAUCAUGACCCAGUGUCUGCCAGUGGCAUUGUACACAUUACUGGGGUUCCUUCAGAUGGCCAUCUGGGCCAAAGGGAAGCACAAAGCCUACAGCAGGGAGUUCAAGGACUAUCCCAGCGUCCGGAUGGCCAUUAUCCCCCUGGUUCUCUGA